UGACGGCGAACGUCUACCGACAUCUCUAUCCUGACCAUCCCUGUCCUUCGCUUGUCUUUCCUUUAUAGCUCUCAUCCUUUCCGCCGUCAUCCCCCAGGAACUUAGAGUCAAUCCUCAGUCAAUCCCCAGGAUGGCUGAUAGCGUUCUUGUCGCCGAGACCAAGAUACCCUUGGAGCAGCUUGUCGCCAGCUCUAGUUCUAUCAGUGCGGCGAACACCCCGCUGCUGACAAUCCAAGGCCUGCGCCGCAAGAAUGCAGGGCACGGAGGCCAAUUGACCAAGAUUCUGGUCGCGAACCGGGGGGAAAUUGCUAUUCGCAUUUUCAGGACCGCCCAUGAACUUGCAAUGCACACCGUCGCCAUCUACUCGUAUGAGGAUCGCUUGUCGGCUCAUAGGCAGAAGGCGGAUGAAGCAUACCGCGUUGGAAAGGGGUUGACCCCUGUGGGUGCCUACCUUGCUCAGGACGAGAUCGUGCGCAUUGCCCUCGAACAUGGCGUUGACAUGAUUCACCCUGGGUACGGAUUCCUCGCCGAGAAUGCCCAGUUUGCGAAGAAAGUUGAGGACGCGGGUAUGGCUUUUAUCGGCCCCUCGCCCGAGGCCAUUGAUGCCCUUGGGGACAAGACCAAGGCAAGGGACAUUGCUCGGGCUGCUGGUGUGCAGAUUGUCCCUGGCACCCCCGGUCCUGUUGCGAAUUACAAGGAUGGAGAAGCAUUUGUCAAGCAGCACGGUUUCCCCGUAAUCAUCAAAGCCGCUAUGGGUGGCGGAGGCCGUGGCAUGCGUGUCGUCCGUGCCUUGGAGGAAUUCCAGGCCAACUUCGAUCGUGCCGUUUCCGAAGCGAAAUCCGCUUUCGGCGAUGGUACAGUCUUCAUCGAGCGCUUUAUUGAGCGCCCGAGGCAUAUCGAAGUGCAGCUCCUGGCUGACAGCUAUGGAAACGUGGUCCAUCUGUUUGAGCGUGACUGCUCUGUUCAACGCCGUCAUCAGAAAGUUGUUGAAGUCGCACCUGCAACGCACCUCCCUGAGGAGACUAGGCAAGCUCUUUUCACUGAUGCUCUCAAGCUUGCCAAUGCCGUCGGUUACCGCAACGCUGGUACCGCAGAGUUCUUGGUCGAUCAGGAGGGUCGGCACUACUUUAUCGAGAUCAACCCUCGUAUCCAGGUGGAGCACACUAUCACUGAGGAGAUCACGGGUCUCGACAUUGUCGCUGCUCAGAUCCAGAUCGCUGCCGGCGCCUCUCUUGCCCAACUCGGUAUCACCCAGGAGGCCAUUACCAAGCGCGGCUUCGCCAUGCAGUGUCGUAUUACAACUGAAGACCCAGCCGCAAACUUCCAGCCCGACACUGGUAAGAUUGAAGUGUACCGCAGCGCCGGUGGUAACGGCGUUCGCCUGGAUGCCAGUAGUGGCUUCGCCGGGGCCCAAAUCACCCCCCAUUAUGACAGCUUGCUGGUCAAGGUUUCAGUUCGUGGGACGACCUACGAAGUCGCUCGUCGUAAGAUGCUGCGUGCGCUAGUUGAAUUCCGCAUUCGUGGCGUGAAGACCAACAUCCCCUUCUUGUUCCGCCUUCUGACGCAUGAUGUCUUCAUCAGCGGCAAGACUUGGACGACGUUCAUCGACGACACACCCGAGCUUUUCAAGCUCGUCCAGAGUCAGAACCGUGCACAAAAGCUGCUCGCUUACCUUGGCGAUAUCGCCGUCAACGGCUCCUCGAUCAAAGGCCAGCAGGGCGAACCCGGGCUCAAGGACGAAAUUGUCCUCCCCAUCUUGGAAAAUCGGGAUGACCCGAACGGGGUGCCAAUUGACACCACCAUGCCCUGUCAAACUGGCUGGAGGAAUGUUCUCGUCGAGAAGGGCCCAGAGGGCUUUGCCAAGGCGGUUCGCGAGUACCCUGGUGUGCUGAUCAUGGACACCACUUGGCGUGAUGCCCAUCAGAGUUUGUUGGCCACCAGGCUCCGCACUAUCGAGAUGGCGAACAUUGCCAAGAUCACCAGUCAUGCGCUCGCCAAUGCCUUCUCACUGGAGUGUUGGGGUGGAGCAACUUUCGAUGUUGCGAUGCGUUUCUUGUAUGAGGACCCUUGGGAGCGUCUGCGCACGCUCCGCAAGCUAGUGCCCAACAUUCCUCUGCAAGCUCUCGUCCGUGGUGCCAACGGCGUUGGGUACACCAGCUACCCGGACAAUGCCAUCUAUGACUUUUCCAAGCGGGCUGUGGAGAACGGCUUAGACAUUUUCCGCGUUUUCGACUCUCUCAACUACUUGGAGAACAUGAAGCUUGGUAUUGAUGCCGCCAAGAAGGCUGGUGGUGUCUGCGAGGCUGUUGUUUGCUACAGUGGUGAUGUUGCGAACCUUAGGAAGACGAAAUACACGCUCCAAUACUACCUUGACUUUGUUGACCAGCUAGUCAAUGAGGGCAUUCAUAUUCUCGGCAUCAAGGACAUGGCUGGUCUCCUCAAACCUGCUGCUGCUACAUCGCUCGUCGGUGCCAUCCGCAAGAAGUACCCUGACCUCGUCAUUCAUGUGCACUCCCACGACACCGCUGGUAUUUCCGCUGCCAGUAUGAUUGCUGCGGCACAUGCCGGCGCUGACAUUGUCGAUGUUGCUAUUGAUAGCAUGUCCGGUGUGACCUCGCAGCCGUCCAUGGGUGCUGUCUGCAUGGCCCUCGAGCAGACUCAUCUGGGAACCGGUAUCCGGUACUCUGACAUCCAGGCGCUCAACCACUAUUGGUCGCAGGUCCGGAUGCUGUACAGCUGCUUCGAGGCGAACGUCCGGGCUUCUGAUUCUUCCGUAUUCGCGCACGAGAUGCCUGGUGGGCAGUACACCAACUUGAUGUUCCAAGCCGCCCAACUUGGCCUGGGAACGCAAUGGACACAGAUCAAGCAGAAGUACAUUCAAGCUAACGACCUUUGCGGGGACAUCAUCAAGGUCACACCGUCAUCGAAGGUCGUUGGAGACUUCGCCCAGUGGAUGGUUUCCAACAAUUUGUCCAAGCAAGAUGUUAUCGACAGAGCAGACACACUUGAUUUCCCAUCUUCCGUCAUCGAGUUCUUCCAGGGCUACUUGGGUCAACCUGUCGGUGGAUUCCCUGAACCUCUUCGUACCAGGAUCAUUCGCAACAAGCCGAGAAUCGAUGGUCGUCCUGGCACUUCAUUGGCACCCAUUGACUUCAGGAUUCUGAGGCACGAACUGCGUGCCAAGUUUGGCAAGCAUAUCACCGAUGUGGACGUGACGUCAUAUGUCAUGUAUCCCAAGGUUUUCGAAGAAUACCAAGGCUUCGUAGAGAAGUAUGGUGACCUUUCAGUCGUGCCCACUCGUUAUUUCCUCGGCCGCGCGGAUAUUGGAGAAGAGAUGCACAUCUCGAUCGAGAAGGGCAAGACUCUCAUUAUCAAGCUCCUUGCUAUUGGCCCUGUCGACGAGACGAAGGGUACUCGCGAUGUGUGGUUCGAGGUCAAUGGUGAAGUCCGUGCCGUGCCGGUCGACGACAAGUCAGCUGCAAUCGAAACCGUGACUCGGGAGAAGGCCAAGGCCGAGCCAGGCUCUGUGGGUGCGCCGAUGUCUGGUGUGGUCGUCGAGGUCCGCGUCAAGGAGGGACAGGAGGUGAAGAAGGGCGAUAUUAUUUGCGUCCAGAGCGCGAUGAAGAUGGAGAGCACGGUUUCUGCCCCAGUGUCGGGUCGCAUCAAGAGAGUGCUUGUCCAAGAAGGAGACAGUAUCUCACAGGGCGACCUCAUUACCGAAAUCGUGCACUAAACCUCGGAGGAUUUGUUGUUAUUGUAGGGUUUGUCAAAGACAACGGCUUGCUUGUUUCGGUGCUUGUUAUUCCCAUUUCUCACCAGGAGGGUCCCUGCCAUGGAUGCGGUGACGCCGCCUUAAUGACUGCGCCGAGACGAACUGGUGUAAAGCUGUACUGCAAAUUAUUGUGUCAGAUUGAAA